ACCAGACCGGACUAUACAUACCUCCGCCGGUAGAGCGCUGGGGCUGCAGAUGCAGUGGCGGCCGCAGAAGCCGGGUUAGCCGCGGCCGCAGCCGCAGCAUCGCCCCGGGCCUCUGCACGGCUUGGCGGCGGCUGGGGCUCAGGGGCGAUGGGCAGUGGCUGGAGCCGCCGGGACGCGCGCAGACACAGGCUGGAAAGUCUCCUGCCCCACUAUGGAACUUUGCCUCGAGGUCCAGCCAAGGCAUGUGUGGAGGUGAGCGGCUACCAGCAAAGCCUGUGGCGGACAGGCCUGUGCCACAUUGGGGCCCUCCUGACGGCCGGCAUCCUACUGUUGAUCUUCCACUGGAAGCCCCAGCUCGAGGUGAAGGCCAAGUGCACCCCCUGCCCCUUACAGCAGGCUGACUGGCUGAUCAUCAAGGAUCAGUUUGGGCAACUUUUCACCACCCAGGUGCAAACUGAGGUUGUGAGUGAGGGCAGCCUGGCCCAGUCCCAGGAAGGCCGUUGGGAUUGGCGGCUGGAAGAAGAUGGAAGGAACCACGUGGCCGUAGGGGUCUCACAGGAGGAAGCCUGGAGAGACACCAUCCAACUCUACAGGAAAGAGGAGAAGAACCUCCUGCGGUAUUAUGUGUUUGAAGGGGUCCGAUACAUAUGGAUCGAGGCUCAGCAGGCCUUCCGCCGUGUCAGCGUGCUAGAUGAGAACAGGACCUGUGAAGACCUUCAUCAUCUCAGCACUGGACUCAGCCCCCAGGACCAAGACAUGAAAAAGACCAUAUAUGGCCUUAAUCGGAUUGAUGUGCCAGUCAAAUCAUACGGUCGGCUUCUGGUGGAUGAGGUACUGAAUCCAUUCUACGUAUUCCAGGCUUUCAGCAUCACUCUGUGGCUAUGGGAUGCCUACUACUACUAUGCUGGCUGCAUCUUCCUCAUCUCCGUCAUCUCCAUCACCCUGGCCCUCUAUGAGACCAGGAAGCAAAGCCAGACUCUGCAAAACAUGGUGAAGAUGAGUGUGAGUGUGACAGUGCGCCGAGCUGGCGGAGAAAAAGUGCUGGUCAAUUCCAUGGAGCUGGUGCCUGGAGACUGCCUGGUACUCCCUGCCAGUGGUAUGCUGGUACCCUGUGAUGCCGCCCUUCUGUCAGGAGAGUGCAUGGUCAACGAGAGCAUGCUGACAGGGGAGAGCGUCCCAGUGAUGAAGACCCCACUGCCUAGUGGUCCCACUCUCUACUCCCCUGAGGAACAUCGCCGACAUACACUCUUUUGUGGGACACUAGUCUUGCAAGCCAAGGCCUACAUGGGAGCUGACAUCUUGGCGGUGGUGACCCGGACAGGAUUUUGUACAGCGAAAGGGGACCUGGUUAGCUCCAUCCUCCAUCCCAAGCCAAUCAACUUCAAAUUCUACAGAGAUGCCCUGAAGUUUGUGCUCUUCCUCUUUAUCCUGGCUGCCAUGGGCACUGUCUAUAGCAUUGUGAUCUUGAUCCGCAACAAGGUAGCCAUACAGGAGAUUGUAAAGCGGUCUCUAGAUCUGGUGACAGUGGUGGUUCCGCCAGCACUCCCAGCCGCCAUGACGGUCGGCAUCAUCUACGCCCAGAAUCGUCUCAAAAAAGACAAAAUCUUCUGUAUUAGCCCGCCUCGCAUCAACCUGGGGGCCAAGCUGCGGCUGGUCUGCUUUGACAAGACAGGCACACUGACGGAGGAAGGCCUGGAUGUUUGGGGUGUGCUCCCCGUGAAAGAUCGAAAUUUCCUGUCCCUGCUCCCAGACCCGCGGCAGCUCCAUGGAGGUCCCCUGCUCACUGCUCUGGCCUCCUGCCAUUCCAUCUCCUUGCUAAAUGACCAGCCCAUUGGUGACCCCAUCGACCUCAAAAUGGUGGAGUCUACUGGCUGGUUCCUAGAAGAAGAGAGAUUGGAGACCACCAAGGUCAUGGCUGUGAUGAAGCCCCCACCCCUGGAGGAGCAGCUUCAGGGGACAGAGCCCUUGGGGCCCAUUGGCAUCCUCUGCCGCUUUCCCUUUGCGUCAGGCUUACAGCGCAUGAGCGUGGUGGCCGUGCGGCCUGGGGGAGCCCCUCCCGAGGCUUACAUGAAGGGGGCCCCCGAGAUGGUGGCUAGUCUCUGUACCCCAGACACAGUGCCUCCAGAUUUCUCCCAAAUACUCCAACACUACACGUCGGAUGGAUUCCGGGUUCUUGCCCUGGCUUUCAAGCCCCUGCACAUUGCUCCUACUUUGGAGAAGGCUCAGCAGCUGGCCAGGACAGAAGUGGAGAGCGAGAUGACUCUGCUUGGCCUCCUGGUGAUGAAGAAUGUGCUGAAACCAGAGACGGCGCCCACCAUCCACACCCUACGAGGUGCCAACAUCCGCACCGUCAUGGUCACAGGUGACAACAUGUUGACCGCAGUUAAUGUGUCUCGGGCCUGUGGCAUGGUGAGGCCCCAAGAGCCCGUGGUGUUCGUCCAUGCCUCGGCCCCUGCCCAAGGCAAGCCGGCUUCAAUCAAGUUUGUCCCCUGCGAGCACUCCUCAGCCAGGGAGCAAGCCGAACCCAAAGGGUAUGUCGUGGAGCCAACCAGGGAGCACUGCCACCUGGCUCUGAACGGGAAGGCGUUUGCUGUGGUUUUGGAUCAUUUCCCUGAACUUUUGCCCAAGAUCCUGCUCCAGGGCACCAUCUUUGCCCGGAUGACACCGGAACAGAAGACUCAGCUGGUGUGUGGCUUUCGAAACCUGAACUACUGUGUGGGCAUGUGUGGAGAUGGGGCCAAUGACUGUGGGGCCCUGAAGGCAGCUGAUGUGGGCAUCUCCCUGUCAGAUGCUGAGGCUUCAGUGGCAUCACCUUUCACCUCCCAAAUCACCAACAUCGAGUGCGUGCCCAAGGUGAUCAGGGAAGGACGUUGCUCCCUGGUCACCUCCUUCUGCAUUUUCCAGUACAUGGCCCUUUAUAGCUUCAUCCAGUUCAUCUCUGUCCUCCUGCUCUACACUAUCAAUACUAAUCUAGGCGACCUACAGUUCCUCUUCAUUGACCUGGCCAUCACAACGUCAGUGGCAGUGCUAAUGAGCUUCACGGGGCCUGCCCUGGAAUUGGGGGUCUCCCAACCACCGGGAGCCCUGCUCAGGGUGGCCGUCCUGGGCAGCCUUCUCCUACAGACUGCUCUGGUUGUAGCCAUCCAGCUCAGUGGCUACUUCAUCACUGUCUCCCAGCCCUGGUUUGUCCCUUUAAAUAGGACCAUAUCAGGGGCCCAGAACCUGCCCAACUAUGAGAACACAGUCAUCUUCUGCCUCUCAGGCUUCCAGUACCUCACGCUGGCCGUGACCAUGUCUAAAGGGCCCCCUUUUCGCCGCCCGCUCUACACAAACGUGCUUUUCCUCUUGGCCUUGUUCAUCCUGGCAGCCAUCCUAGCCGUGCUCACCCUGGGCCCGCCGUACUUCCUGCUGAAGUGGCUGACCCUGAAGGAUAUCAAGGAUAUGCAGUUCAAGCUGCUACUGCUUGGUUUGGCUGCUGUCAACUUCAUGGCUGCGUUCAUGCUGGAGUGUAUCUUUGACCAGUGGAUCCCCAGGUGUCUCCGCCGCCUGCGCCCGAAGAAGGCAUCCAAAAAAUUCUUCAAGCGGCUUGAAAGGGAGCUGGCCCAGCAGCGAACUCCCUGGCCCCCUCUCCACCAGCCCAUCCUGGCCACCCCCAAGACAGCCUCUGUCCUGAGGUAGCCCUGGAUCCUGGGGACAUUCCUGGGGUGGAGGUCUGAGCCCCCCCCUCCCCAUCUCAUCUAUUUAUGCAUCUUGGUAGCAACACUGUCCAUGGCCUGGGACUGCCAACAUACUCCUCAAGCACCUGAGCCCAGAGAAGGAUGCCUUCCCAAUUUCACGCCCUUCAUCCUUGGCUGAGAUUUGGGUGGUGGAGCAGGUUGGCUCCACCAGAGCCACCCCCAAAGACAUGGAAUUCCUUCCUCCUCCCCUGUAAUGAGGGACUGCACUCCAUGCCCUUUCCCAGACCAGUUUAGUUCCCUUAUCUCACCUAGGAAAUGGUCUAAUUUUUUAUCCACGGACAUGGGUACGUGGAGGUGUCAGGUAAAGCUGACACUCAAUGCCCCUGUUAACAGACUGAAUAAAUUUGCCUUAUUUUCCUGAUGUGCUAAUGUUAUGUGAGACCCUGGCCCUGACCACUAGCCCCUUUCUCAGGAUGCCUCCACCUCCACCUCCACCUCUCCUUUGUCCUGAGCAUCGGCAGAGCAACAAGGGUGACACCCAGAUGUGGUUCACUGAAGAGAACCUUAGACUGAGAGUGAGAACACCUGGGUUCUAGGUUUUGUUCUGCCUCUACUCAACUCUGCCAACCUCAGGCAACUCACUUCCCCUCUACGAGCCUCAGUUUCCUCUUCUGUAAACUAUCGGACAAUAAUAUUUGCAGUACGACCUACCUCACAGGGUUGUUGUGAGGAAAGUGCCUUGUGAACUUGAAAGGUCUAUUGGAAUGGUAGUCAUCAUCAUGGGCCCUGUGUGAACAGGCCAGUGUGAACGGGGACCAAUGUGAACAGAUGGGUGGAAACAAAAGGGAGACACAGAUGACCCCAGCACUAGGAGGGUAAAAGCUAAUGCAUUGCAUGAUGGAGGCAGGGUCAGAAAAAUUGCUUAACAGAAUAGAACAUAGGGCCAAAUGGAAUAAGAUGGAACUGAAUAGCAAUAAAUGUCAAGUCUUA